AUGUUUGUGGUCUUCGACUCCCCUCGCCGCCUCUCCGACGACGAACGGCUGCACACCACCGCCGAAAACGCCGACUCCUCCAACGUAACCACCGCAAUCCCCGACGGCGGCCCCGGCUGGACCAUCGUCGCCGCCUGCAGCGUCAUAACCUUCUGGUUCAACGGCUGGAGCGGCGCCUGGGGCGUCCUCCAAACCGCUCUCCUCUCAUCCUCUCUCUCCACCACCACCCCGGCCACCAUGUCCUUCGUCGGCACCCUCUCCAUCGGCAUCUGCGUCGCCUUCGGCCUCUUCAACGUGCGCGCCAUGCUGUUCUUCGGCGCGCGCAACACCGCGCUCUUCGGCAUGCUGCUGCUCGGCGUGGGCCUCAUCACGGCGGGCUUCACGACGGCUAAUCUCGGCGGCUUGUUUGGGACCGCAGGCGCCCUGACGGGGGUCGGCAGUUGCUUUUUGUAUGGAAUCUGCAACAUCCUCCCGACGCAGUACUUCAGCAGCAAGCUCGGACUCGCGAACGGCCUUGUGAAGGCGGGAGGCGGGCUCGGAGGUACCGUUCUCUCGCUCUCGCUGGACGCGUUGAUCCGCCAUGUCGGCAUCGCGUGGAGCUUUCGAAUCAUCGGGAUCCUGACGCUCGCCACGGGGCUGCCAGCAGCGUGGCUGAUCAAAGAGCGCGAGGGCGCGAAGCUGAGGAAGAGCGAGUUUGUGGAGUGGAGCAUGUUCCGCAGCGUACCGUUUACCGCAGUGUUCAUCGCCGCGUCGCUGGCGACCUUCGCGCUGUUCGUGCCGCCGUUCUUCCUCCCGCUUUUCGCGAAGUCGAUUGGGCUGAGUUCGUCGACUGGUGCUGGGCUGGUUGCUGGGUUCGCUUUGUGCACGACGACGGGGAGGUUAAUUGCGGGCCCCCUAUGCGACAAGAUUGGGCCGGUUAAUAUGUUUCUGAUUACGAUGCUGCUGAAUGCGGUCAGUAUGCUUGCGAUCUGGCCGGUGUCGAGCACGCUGGCGCCGCUGAUCAUCUUCGCCAUGCUGAAUGGAGUGGCAAAUGGGGCGUUCUUUACGACGAUGCCGACGGUGGUGGGGACUAUGUUUGGUCCUGGCAGAGCAGCGGUCGCGAUGUCUAUGGCUAUCACGGGGUGGACUGGGGGGUAUGUUAUGGGUGCGCCGAUUGCUGGGUAUCUGCUACAGGCGGCGGGAGGGAAAGUGGAUGGGGGGGUUCAGGGAGUAGAAGUAUAUCGGCCUGCUAUCUUUUAUGCAGGUGGUGUGGCGUUGGUGUCAAGUUUUAUUGUCUUAAUCGCGAGGGUGGCGAUGGAUAGGAAGAUUGUCAAGAGGAUGUGA